GCAGUUGAAAUCUUUGGGCAGAUUAUGCUCCUCACCAAAGACGUGAAGCAGCGGCUAGGAUGUCAAGGGGAAGGUGCAACAGAAGUGAAGAGGCAUCCCUUUUUCAAGAGCAUGAAUUUCAAGCGGUUAGAAGCCGGAAUGCUGGAUCCUCCCUUUGUCCCUGAUCCCAGAGCAGUAUACUGCAAGGAUGUGUUAGACAUCGAGCAAUUCUCCACAGUGAAAGGAGUUAACCUGGACCAAACAGAUGAUGAUUUCUAUUCCAAGUUUUCCACAGGAUCAGUGUCUAUUCCAUGGCAAAAUGAGAUGAUAGAAACAGAGUGUUUCAAAGAACUGAAUGUAUUUGGACCAAAUGGUACUAUCUCACCAGAUCUAAACAAAAGCUACCCCCCAGAGCCACCCAAGAAAGGAUUGCUACAGAGAAUAUUUAAACGACAGCAUCAGAACAAUUCAAAGAGUUCUUCAAAUUCAAAGGCCAGUUUAAAUCACCACAUAAAUUCAAAUCACGUAAGUUCAAACUCCACUGGAAGCAGCUAGUUCCAACUCAGUUUUAUGAAACAACAUGUUGCAUCCUUCCACUAUAAUCUAUGGAGCUUCUAUGGAUGAGAGAGCCUCCACCAUUGAGUGAAAAAAAACCAGGAUCUCCCCAAAAUGGAGGUUUUCUAUCCAUUCCUUCCAGUGGAGCCUCGCAUUUUAAGAAGAAUUUUCCACUCAGGUCUGUUUUCGGAGGUGGCACUCAAGACUGUGUGAAUCAAAUUUGUCUAUUUAGAACAUUGCAAUAGAAAAAUCAAUGAACAUGACUACUUGCACGUAUUUAAAUAGCAUCAUACUAGAACUGAAUUUUGUCUUUAUUAUUUUUAAAGAAAAGUUUUGUAAAUUUCUCUAUUGUCUCAGUUUACAUUUUGUACAUUUGUAUUUAAAUGAAAGUCAGACUUUGGAGGUGUAUAUUUUCCAAGCAGCAGCUGUAAAGCCAUGUGUUUUAAGACAUUUUUUUAAAAGAAAAAAAAUGUGACUCAAGACUUCCAGAGCCUCAAACGAGA